AUGGAUGAAAAAGUUCUUGAAAAUUACCUGAGCUGCCAUGUGUGUUCAGAGACUUUCAGACAUCCUGUGUCUCUGAGCUGCAACCACAGCUUCUGUUCAAGCUGCCUGCAGAAAUUCUGGGAACAAACUAAAAACAAAAGCUGUCCCAUUUGUAAGAGAAAAUCUUCAAAGGAUCAUCCUAUUGUCAACUUUGCGCUGAAAGAACUUGCUGAUUUGUUUGCUGGAAGAAACAAAUCUGGAUCAUCUGAGACAGAAAGAGGGGAGAAGAAACUAACAGCAGUGUGCAGCAAACAUGAGGAAGUGCCUGAACUGUUCUGUGUGGACGAGCAGAGAGUUGUGUGUACAGUGUGUCAGUUUUCUCACUACCAGAGUCACAAAGUGGUUCCUGUAGAAGAAGCAGUCAGUGACCUGAAGGAGCAGCUGAAAUCUGACUUAAAGUCUCUGCAGGACAAGAGGAACAAAUACAAACAAGUGGAGGAAACAUACAAUGAAAUGAUUCAACACUCCAAGAAGCAGCUGUUGUCCACAGAGAGGCAGAUCAGAGCAGAGUUCAACAAGCUCCAGCAGUUCCUGAACGAGGAAGAGGAGUCCAAACUGGCAGCUCUGAGGGAGGAAGAGGAGCAGAAGGGGAGGACUAUCACCAGAGAGAUGAAGAUGAUUGAGGAGCAGAUCUCCUCUCUGUCAGACAGCAUCUGUGCUGUUGAAGAAGAGCUGCAGAAACACAGCGUGCCAUUCCUCAGCAGUUAUAAAGACACUCAGAGCAGAGCCAGAGCCCAGAGCUCAGUGUCAGAUCCACAGCUGGUCUCAGGAGCACUGAUAGAUGUGGCCAAACACCUGGGCAACCUGUCCUUCAGAGUGUGGGAGAAGAUGAAGGAGAAGGUCCACUUCAGUCCUGUCAUUCUGGACCCAAACACUGCAAACACCUAUCUCUAUCUGUCUGAUGAUCUGACCAGUGUGAGACGUGGAGACACAAAGCAGCAGCUUCCUCAUAAUCCAGAAAGAAACACUAAGUAUGCCUGUAUCUUUGGCUCUGAGGGCUUCAGUUCAGGGAAACACAUCUGGGAGGUGGAGACUGUGACAGUGAAGAAGAGUCUCCAGAGGAUCAGAGUCCAGCUGGACUAUGACACGGGGGAGGUGUCCUUCUUUGACCCUGAAGACAUGACUCACAUCUACACUCACAGAGACGCUUUCACUGAGAAACUCUUCCCAUAUUUCAGUAUUGGAAAGGCAGGAAAUGCAAAAACAUUUUGA